CAUCGCCCAAACGACACCCCCGCCCUUCCUCCAUCCUCCACCACACCUACCUACACUUCACCUCUCUCUCACACCACGCCCUCCAUCACUCCAUCGCCCUCCUCCAUCUCCCUGCUGCCAUCUCCCCUACCCUUUGCGGCCGCUCGCAGCAGUCGUUCCCAGCUGCUGCCUGACGAUCUCCGCGUCACGUCAUUCCAGCCCGCCGCUGAGCCAGCCAGCCAGCUCGGGGCCUCAGCUGCAAACAUGGCGACCACGGCCCAGAACACCAACGUCGUCUCUCCCGACACCCUCAUCACCAUCAAGGUCUCGCUCAACGACAGCCUCAAGAAGUUGAAGCUGCCGCUGAGGGACCUUGGUGCGAAUGUGCUGAUUGAUAAGCUUCGCCACACUCUCGGCAUCAAGCCCGAGCACCUCGUCGUCUUCGAACGUUUCUCCGAUUCCGCCGGCGGCUACAUCAUCCUCGACCCUGAGAACCCUCAAGUCUUCAAGACCCUCAUCCGUGCCGCCAAAGCCAAGCUCAAGCUUCGUCUGAAGGCUACCGUCGUCGAGGGAUCGACCACCGCCAAGAAGGAGGUCAAAGAGACGACGGCGGAGCCCCUGAUCGUUCACACCCCGGCUGCCAUGGCUACCCCGCGUGACUCUACUGCUAUUGACGGCCGCUCUGUUGGAACCGGCAUCUUCGAGUUCCGCGAGGCCCGCGGUACUCAGCAAACUCCCGUCGACACCUCUGACGCCCCGACUCCUCGCCCCUUCGUGGCGGACUUCAAAGAUCAGAAGGUGGCUCACGGUGGCCUCGCCUUCCGCACUCGCGAGCCCGCUGUCAUUGCCCCCGUCGGACAUCCCUGGUCGGUCUACUGCAACGAGUGUGAUGCUGCCAUGGCCGACGCCCAUUACCACUGCAGCAUCUGCGAUGGUGGGGACUACGACUUGUGCGAGCGCUGCGUCUCGCUCGGCAAGCUGUGUCCCGGCGAUGGUCACUGGCUGAUCAAGCGCUUCAUCAAGGACGGCAAGGUCAUCAACAGCACUACCGAGCGUAUCUCGCCGCGCAAACUGACCACGACUCCCGCCGAGCCCGAAGCUCCCAAGGCCAUUCCCGGUGCCUUCACCGAUGAGACCAAGACUCUAUCCGGGGAAACUAUCGCCCCCACUCGCACUUGCAACAACUGCGUCAUCGUCCACGAAGAGCACCAGUUCGUCACUUGCACGUCUUGUGAUGAUUUCGAUCUUUGCAUCAAGUGCCAUGGCGAGAACAAGCACGGCCACCACCCCGCACACGGCUUCAAGCCAGCCACUGCCGAGACCAUUCUCACUGCAAACGCAGCAGCCUUGCUCGCUCCAGGCCGCAACGUGUGGCACAGUGCCAUCUGCGAUGGAUGCGAGAAGAGCAUUUUCGGUGUUCGUCACAAGUGCCUGAACUGCCCCGACUGGGACUAUUGCAAUGAGUGUGUCAAGAACGCUCGUGCUACCCACCCCCGCCACCGUUUCGCAGCAAUCUACACGCCCAUUGCGAACGUUCAGACUCCUUACAUCCGCCAUUUCGGAAUCUACUGUGAUGGCCCGCUCUGCUCCGGCAAAGAUGCAAGUUACAUCUCGGGAGUGCGCUACAAGUGCGCCGUUUGCCACGACACCGACUUCUGUGCCGCUUGCGAGGCCCUGCCAAGCAACACUCACAAUCGCACCCAUCCGUUGAUCAAGUUCAAGACCCCGGUCCGCAACGUGAGCAUUACGACGGAGAAUGAGGAUCUUCGUGGCAAUACACGCGUCAUGGGUGACCGCCGUUCUUCCGCGCAGACGGCCACCAGGAGUGCGUCUACGGAGACCACACCGGUGCAGCAAACCCACGCUGCCACUCAGGUGCAGACGAUGGCUGAGAUCAUGCCGACGGUGAAGAAGGAGGUUGCUACCCCCACAUCGGCCGAGGUGGCGCUGACGAGACUGCUCCCUGCUCCGGGUCCUGUUGUGCAUGCACACUUUGUCGAGGACAGCAUCAAAGAUGGCACCGUCGUCGAGCCUGGCGCUCGCUUCACCCAGGUGUGGACCAUGCGCAACCCCGGCCCCCAGGCCUGGCCAGCUGGCUGCAGCGUCCGCUUUGUGGGAGGGGACAACAUGCUCGAUGUCGACAAUACUCGCCCAUCUGCCGUCUCGGACAUUGCCAACGCUAGCGAGAGCAACGUCAUCGGCCGGGAAGUUGGCGUUGGAGAGAGCGUCGCUUUCAAGAUCACCCUCAAGGCCCCCAUGCGCGAGGGCAAGAACAUCAGCUACUGGCGCAUGAAGCUUGCCGAUGGUACUCCGUUCGGCCACCGCCUGUGGUGCGAUGUCGAUGUCAAGGCCUCUAAAAAUGAGGAGACGCCUGCGCCGCAGCUGUACUCCCCCUUGGCCGCAUUCAACGCGCCAUUCAACGCCCAUCAGCAGGCGCAGCUGUCUCGCAUGCACGCCAUUCGUCAGCAACAGAUGCAUCUUGCCCGACACCACCAGAUGCUUGCACAGCAGCAGCAGCAGCAGCCGAUGGCCAACCCUUCUAGCCUGCCUCCCGCGUACGACGCUAGUCAUCGUCAGAACGUCCUUGCGCAAAUGGCCGCUCAUCGGGAGCAGCAGGCUGCGCAGAUCGAGAAGAUGGCGGCGGCGAGGGGCCGUGAGGAGGAGCAUGGCAACGAAGAAGAGGCCAAAGCGCGCAGGGAGGCGGCGAAGAUCCGCUGUGAGCAGAUCAAGGCUCGAUUCCAGCGUAUCCGUGAGGAGAAGCGUGCUCGUGAGGCCACGCUGAAGAAUCUGAAGAAGGAGUCGGCCGAGGUUGAUGACCGGCUCAAUAUUCUGGCGCAGCAAGCCAAGGCUGCUGAAGCUGAGAAGCCCGCCACCGCUCCCGUGGAGAAGGUUGAGGAGAAGAAGGCCGAGCAGGAGGAGGAUCUUUCGGGCAGCCAGAUGGUCUUCCCCAAGCUCGAGAAGGAGAGCCCUGCGAGCAGCAUCCAUCAGUCGUCCGCCUCUUCCGCAAAGGCCGCGUACGUCGAGAACGAGGCCGGAGAGGUCGAGCGCUCUGCCACCGGCUCGCCCACGCCCACUGCCGUGCAGGACCUUGCGUCUCCGUCGAUCGAGGAGAACUCUGAGGACCUCGGCGAUGAUAUCGGGGUGUUGAGCGCGCAUGACGAGGAGAGCGAGGAUGCCGAUGAUGGAUUCUUGACUGACGAAGAGGGCUGGGACGUCCUGGACGCUUCGGAUGCCGAGACGAAUCAUUCUUGAGGAGUGAAUCGAUGGGGUGAGGGGAUACGAAGGGGCGUGGAAAGUUUUACUGCGGCGAAGAAUGCUACUACGCACGAACAACGGGAUGGAUGAAGUGUGCUGCUUCCGCUACUGUUCGUUGGUGGAAAGUAGUGUGCUCCGUUCUGUCUGCUCUUGAUUUCUUUGGUAACUGGGGUCCUGAACUGCUAGGGGAGGGGAGGGGCGUUGUGCUUUUGUUUCCUGGCUCUGUCUUGUAGCUACGAUUGCGAAUAAUGAACUCUCAACCCUUGGAAUCCGGUCCGUCUUCUGGUUGCAUCAAUGUUCUGAAAGCAAGUCCAUCUUGGAUGAAAAGGAAGGGCAUGAUUGGGUGUCACGUGCUCAUGAUUUCCCGGAUCUCGGAUGUGAAUGCCUACGGGCAUGACUAAGCCACUUACUUC